CUCCAUUAGUUCAGCAAUUUAUGAAACCCAGCUAUAAAGACGUUAAGCAUUUGGUUCCGUUAUUCAGCGGUUCUGACGACUACGACGCCGAGAAGUGGCUUGGAGAUUUUGAACGAGCGUGUGACACGAUUAAUGCUCAUCAUCUGAAUUCUUCCGUCAAUUCAUGAAAAGUGACUCAGAAGCCGAAUUAUUUUUACGCACCGAUUGUUCAGCAACAUAUUCAGAAAUUCGAGCAAAUUUUUUAGCGAAUUUUGGUCACAUAUAUUCCGUCAGUGAGGUUAUUGACAAAUUACGAAAAACCAUAUUCCAAUCAGCAAAAACAAGUGUGAUGGGUUAUAUUUUAAAAAUGCAAGAAAUUGCAUCAAGAGCUCAUAUUGAAGAAGAGCAAACCGUUCAGUUCAUUAUUGCUGGGUUCCAAGAUACCUCGCCACACAUUGCCGUUCUGUAUCUAGCUACAACCAUUAUUCGUUUGAAAAAAUUGUCGCAUAGGUAUGCACAAUUGCAUGAAGUGUCACGUUCACAACUUCAGAUUUUUUCUCAACCGCCCCCUAGUGCUCGACCAAAAUCGAAAUCAUUUUAUUUAUUUUCCGAAUCCAACAUUCAAUGCACCAAUUGUUCGGGCUAUGGCCACCGUUCUGCGGCCUGUUCAGCCACUAAGCGAGAGAAAGGUUCCUGCUUUCGAUGUGGAUCAACUCAGCAUCAACUUAAAAAUUUCCCGAAGCCGAGACCACCACUGACAAGCAAUCAAGUUGCUUUAAUUGAUGAUGUUGGAGAAUCGUGUAUAGCUCUUGAAGAGCUUAAUAAGGUAGUCCAAUUAGUUUGAUGAAGCAUUCAGCGGUCCCAAGGCAACUAAUGCGAAGGGACAUGAAAUAUUCUGGAUAUGAGGGGCUCGGACGAUUUAAAAUUUGCACGUAUGGUGUAAUUUUGGUUAAAGUUCAGUUUAAAAAUGUUACUAAAGAAAUAAAAAUGUAUAUUAUUCCGGACAAUUUGAUGUCAUAUUCAGUUUUGUUGGGCCGUAAUUUCAUGCGUAUGUUUGGAAUACGUUUAAUGAUUGCAGCAGAAAAUUUAAUACCUAAACCAAAGGUAGAGAUUAAAUAUAAACCCGAGCGGGAUGAAAUAAGAAUUUCGGAACAAGCCUUGCAUUGUGUGUACAGUUCUUUUAGUGAUGGGAAUUUUGACUAUUCUGAAUGCGAAUUGUGUGGAUGUAUACCGAGUGCGUGCAUUGUUGACUGUGAUUUCGUGGCUUCAGUAGGAUUGGAGAAUUUCGGCAGACUUGAUAACAAUAUCGAUCGUAUGGCUUCUGAUA